CAUUCCCUCGCUCUUCCAGACGGGACCUGGGAGACCGAAGGCGUGCGCCUGCUCAUGGACCGGGACGGCGGCGUGGCCGGCUACGCGGUGUGCGAGGCCAGUCACCUCACGCCCUUCUCCCUGCUGCUGGACCCGUGGCCGCGCCGCGACAUGGAGGGGCUCGAGCUGCCCUUCAGCAUCGUCGGCUACCUCGGCAGCGCGCUCAGCGUCCUGGGCCUCAUCGCGACCAUCCUCACGUACAGGUUCUUCAGCAGGUGCGGCGAGCACCGCUGGGGGCGGGUCCUGGUGCAGCUCUGCCUGUCGCUCAUCCUGCUGCACGUCACCUUCUUCGCGAGCAACUUCAAGGGCACGCUUCCGCCCGCCGGCUGCAUCGCCGUCGCCAUCCUGGUGCACACGUUCCUCCUGUCGUCCUUCUGCUGGAUGCUCGUCGAGGCCCUAGUCCUCUACCAGAUGCUCAUCACCGUCUUCGCGUCCGGCAACACCAAGUUCUUCCUGAAGCGCUUCAUCUUCGCCUGGGGCACCCCCGUGUUGAUAGUGACGGUGUGCGGCGCGGUCGACCCCACCUACUACAUGGACACGCACUCGGACUACUGCGUCGUGUCCGGCAUCAACGCGGCGCAGCACGCACUGGUCACCCUGCUGCCGUGCUUCGUCAUUCUCCUCACCAACUGCUUCAUCUUCAUCCGGCUGGCGGUGGUGCUGCUGCGGCUCCGGCGGCCGGCGGGGCUGGGGCUCGCGACCGGCCAGCAGGAGCCGCCGCGCGUCACCUGGGCGCAGAUCCGGAGCGUCAUCGGGACCGCCUUCCUGCUCGGCGUCACGUGGAUCCUGUCGCCGCUGGCGCCCGCCGGCGUCACCAUGCAGCUCGCCUCGUCGGCGCUCAACAGCUUCCAGGGCGUGGCCAUCUUCGUGUCCAGGGUGCUGACGCACCCCGAGGCCGGCCGCGCCCUGCGCAAGCGCCUGCUCCCCAAGCCCGAGCUGCGCACCACGAGCGCCUCCUACUCGGUCAGCGACAAGAAUGCGUCAUGGUUCCGUAUGCGCUGGAGUGUCACUAGUGGGUCGGUAGCAUCCCCUCUGCCACCCAAGGAGCCAGUGUUCUCGCGCCGCUACUUUCCCUGGUGCGGCUCGUGGCAAAAGUGCAUUCCCACAUCUCGGAGCAGCAGCCAGAAUGCCAUCACAUCGGAAACGUUGGAAUGACACAGCUUGAACCGGAAAGAUGCAAGAGCCUGUGAGAUGAAUCUCGAAAGUUAGGCUUGCCGUAUUUGGGGUGAGCAAAUAGUUGUCUCCUAUAUUGAAUGAGAAAGCUUAACUAGUUUUAUUCAUUUUAUUUUUUUUAUCUAUAUAUAUAAAUCCUACCUAACAGUAUCGGAAAAACAGUAAAUCAAUGUAAUUUGAACACUAGGGUGUAGCACGUUGCACCUUUGUUGUUGCUUUUCUUUCAGACAACUGCUUUACAGCCUAGCACAUAUUUCAUGAUCUGUAUAUUGUAUGAAGCAAUUGAUUGCUUCUGAAUAAGUUCAGAGAAUACAUUUGUAAAAAGUA